UGAUUUUUAAAAUCAGAUAAAUUUCAGGGCCGCAUCUUCUUCAUGACGCAGGAGUGCAGCAGUGCGACGCGUCGAUGCUUUGGCCGCCUACGUGACGCCUAAGUUCGAGUCGACAUGGCGGACAGUUAGGGCUUGCUGAACUUGUGGCUGGAAAUUUUUCUUUUUGGUAGCGGUGGAAGAAUCAGAUUUCCCUAAAGCGAUCUCGCCGCUUAGAUUUUCAUGCGUUCACAUGGCGGACCUGCGCUAUAAACCUACCGCCCCGCUUCUUUCGAUGUUCUGUUCCGCUUUCAUUCCUCUCCGAGCCGUCGUGUUCUGAAAACCCUAAUUUACAGCUUCGGUGCUCUUUUGUUACUUUGCUGUUUGCUUUGUGAUUGGGAGAGUUUUCUGAUAUGUCGAGCGUGGCUUCGCAGUCGGCUAAAUCCGUCCACGAUUUCACCGUGAAGGAUGCUCGUGGUGAAGAUGUUGACCUCAGCAUCUACAAGGGCAAGGUUUUGCUCAUUGUUAAUGUCGCGUCUCAAUGUGGGUUAGCAAACUCAAAUUAUACUGAGCUGACUCAGUUGUAUGACAAGUACAAGGAUAAAGGUCUGGAGAUAUUGGCUUUCCCAUGCAAUCAGUUUGCAGGUCAGGAGCCAGGAAGCAAUGAGGAGAUUGUUGAAUUUGCCUGCACGCGCUUCAAAGCUGAAUACCCUAUCUUUGAUAAGGUUGAUGUCAAUGGAAAAGAAGCCGCCCCCAUCUACAAGUUCCUCAAGUCGAGCAAAGGGGGGCUUUUUGGCGAUAGCAUCAAAUGGAACUACUCCAAGUUCUUGGUCGAUAAAGAGGGUCAUGUCGUGGACCGCUAUGCUCCCACCACCUCCCCCUUGAGCAUUGAGAAGGAUAUCAAGAAGCUUCUGGAGACUUCUUAGGCGCUGGAUGCCCAAGCCUGUGAGCUACACAAAAUGUUUCUAUGGGGGACUUAUAGCUGGAUAAAGUUAGACGUUAUUCCGUCUUAAUAUGGUUACCAACCUUAUCUAUUGUAAUAAGGUAACAAUUAUGAUGUUAUAUCUUGUCCUCAUAAACAUAUCAGUCUUUGUAAACUUAUUUUUAGUUAUAUUUGCAAUGCAAUUUAGAAUAGUUUAAUGGA